CUUUAAUUUCUGUCAGGCCAGAAAUAUACAACAGAGAAGUCACGGAUCAAAACAUGAGGGGUCAUCUGUGACUUUGUUCAUCGUAGACAAGUGUAUAAAAAGUUAUGUUGCAAGUCUUUGAUAGAGGCGGAUCUUAGCAAUAAAACAUGCUAGAAACAAAUAGCAGCAUGACUACUGCAGCGCCAUCAUGUGGAAACCAUUAAGGCCAGUUCCAUGGUGGCAGUGGGGCUCACCCUAGCAGCAGCUGGAUUUGUAGGUCGCUAUGCCAUGCAGGCCAUGAAACACAUGGAACCCCAAAUGAAGCAAGCUAUGCAGAGUUUUCCCAAAUCGGCUUUUGGUGGUGGAUACUACAGAGGUGGAUUUGAUCCCAAAAUGAACAAGAGAGAGGCAUCGCUCGUUCUAGGAGUCAGUCCCACAGCUAACAAGACCAAGAUCAGAGAAGCCCACAGAAAACUGAUGAUUCUUAAUCACCCCGAUAGAGGUGGAUCACCAUAUCUUGCGGCUAAAAUAAAUGAAGCAAAGGAUUUACUUGAUGGACAACUAAAGAAAUAGAUCAGAUAAUCACAUUGCACUUGGUUUUUCUUAUUAAUUGUGCCCAAAUAAAUAAUGUAAGAGAUCAAA